AUGCAAAUGAAAACCCGAUUGCUGUCAUAUCCCACUUUCAUUUUUAUUUAUUAUUAAAUCAAACAAUAUUCCCAUAAGCCUUAUAGAUUACUAUAAAUUGGAGCACACGAACUUUAUGUUUCAUCAAUUUUCACACAAAAUAACAAUCGCAUUUUAUCACUUAUGAAACCAAUGGCUGCUAUCUCUUCUGCAAAUUAUGCAUUGCUUAUGAUUGUCAUAACAUUUUUACUAUCUAUAGCCUAUGGUGGAAACUUAUACCAAGAUGUUGAUAUUACUUGGGGAGAUGAGAGAGGUAAAAUUAUUAACAAUGGUCAGCUUCUUACUCUGUCUCUUGACAGAGCCUCUGGCUCUGGCUUUCAAUCCCACAAUCAAUAUCUUUAUGCGAAGAUUGACAUGCAAAUCAAACUUGUCCCUGGAAAUUCCGCUGGCACAGUCACAGCUUACUAUUUACGUUCUGAAGGGUCAUCUUGGGAUGAGAUAGACUUUGAAUUUUUGGGAAAUUUGAGUGGUGAUCCUUAUAUAGUUCAUACCAACGUGUACACACAAGGAAAAGGUGAUAGGGAGCAACAAUUCUAUCUAUGGUUUGACCCAACUGCAGAUUUUCAUACCUAUUCCUUUCUGUGGAAUUCUGCACAUGUUGUAUUGUAUAUUGAUGGAAGACCAAUUAGGGAGUUGAAGAACAUAGAGAGUGAAGGAGUUCCUUAUCCAAAGAAGCAACCAAUGAGAUUAUAUUCAAGUAUAUGGAAUGCUGAUGAUUGGGCAACAAGAGGUGGAGUUGUUAAAACAGAUUGGACAAAAGCUCCAUUUACAGCUUCUUUUAGGAACUUCAAAGCCAAUGGUUGUGUUUGGUCCAAUAAUGGUUCUUCUUGCAACUCCAACUCUUCUAAUAAUGCUUGGUUAUCUCAACAGCUUGAUUUUACAAACCAGAAGAUACUCAAAUGGGUGCAGAAAAAAUACAUGAUUUACAAUUACUGCACUGAUAUUAAGAGAUUCCCUCAAGGACUCCCUUUGGAAUGCACUGUCCGCACCAAGUCAUAAGAGAAAAUACAAACUUUCUACUAUACUUUAUUGCUCUAACAUGUGUGCAUUUUUUUAUUCGUUUCAAUUUCAGACAUUCUUUUUAAA